AUCGCGCGUAACGAUUUGUCCGUACGUCAUUUUUAAUAUAUGUUAAUAUUCUUCUUAUAUUUAUGUAAUUUUCAAAAUUUUAUGUAAUGAAAUUUAGUUGUUCUUCUUAAGUAAAUUUUUCUCUAGUUUAGCACUAACUACUCCAGAUCUAUUUAUUCCAAACAACAUAACUAAGGUAACCAUUGGCAAAUUCCCAUUAUAAAUCGAAUGGCCAGUGAGCACGGCGCGUUAAAUGUUAGGGUCGAUUCCGGUCAGAUCUGUGAAGCAGAUAACUGGCGGCGUCACUGCGGGUGCAUUAAGACCAGCGAUAAGCUGAAGGAAAUACUGAAGUGCUUCCCUUCGCCGCCACCACCCUCGCCGGCUAAUGUCUCCCAACAAUAUGCUAAAGCCUUCGACAAUACAUGUAUCUCCGCUUAUUGUAUCCAUCAGUCGGUACCACCACUGCAAUAUGACACUAACACACUUGCAUCUAAAAAAAGCAAGUACUACAGUGAACUUCCUGAAAAAACAUCCCGGGCGGUAAGCAGUAGGUCGUGGCAGAUAAUCGCUGAGUUGGUCCAACUGGUGCAGUUGUCAGUGACGGUAACAGCACUCGCCCUGUAUUACCUUAUAUACUGCUACAUGCAACUUGUGUACUACACAUUGCGUAGUGCGCUGUAUUUCCACAAUGCUGAUGGGCCCAUGAAGAUAACUAUAGGCGUGGUGACAUUAACAUCACUGGUAGUGGGUUUUAAUUUGUUGCUACGUGUGGAAAGACUCAUCGGAAUAUUCUAAAAUAUAUUGUUACUACUUGUAUUUAGUAGUAUUUGUUCAAUUCGUGGAAUCAAAGUAAAUAACAAUUAUAGAGCAUUCACCUUUAAUAAAUAAAAUUAAAAGAAAUGUAUAACAAAGCUUUAAUGUUCUAAAUUAAGGCGUGAACGAGUAAAUUAUUAAACUGACUGAUAACAAAGCAAAACAAUUUUUAAUUGUUCACGUUUACGAUGUGCGCUAAAUAGUAGCAUUUGAUUAGCUUCUAAUUACGAUCAGGUUUUGUCUUUGUGACGAAUUGAGCGGAACAGCAGCGACGAAGCUCACACCUGGACAUUGUUCCCCAAAUAGUUCAGUGAGCGAUCAAGUUCCCCCCUCUUAUGAUUUGUACGGGCCCAAUCAUUUUUGCUGCUUUAGCUGCUUUUUGAUUAAAUCUAGCAACUUUUGGAGACCCGUCAGCGAUGAAAAAUAUAUGAUUUGGCCAUUAUUACUAGC